CCGCCGCAGCUCUGCACACAAGGUGAAUCCUCACUCCGUCAUUCUCGACAGGUGUGCCCAGCGAGCCGCAGCCUGCACCAAGGAAAAUUAAUGCGGCGGCCGACGCCUACGAUGAUGAUCAUCAAUGUACCUGAGGAUGACGCCGAACACCGAAUGGCGAUGCGUAUAAGUGGGCGCAGUGAUACCUGAAAUGGAUCGAUCAGGUUCGGGUAAAAGCAGGUCAAUCACUAUGGAAGUAAUGCAUCAACCUACGGAGGCACCUUUCUUCUGAAGCAUGCUGUCGGACUGAGAGCCCUCUCAUUUGGUACGCGCGGCGCUGCCAAUCAGAGGAGCGGUGGGGCCCAGGUCCGAGCGCUGAAAGCGCGCCGAUUGCGCGCCGGGGGAGCGCGCGGAGGAGACCCGAGCCGAGCGCCCCUCCUCCUCGGUUUUCCUCGCCUGCGCCGGGGCUCCUCCGGAACGCGGGCGCUUCCUCGAGCCCGGGAAACUAUGUCAAUGGGGCUGGCAGCGCCACCGCGGCCGACGUCAGCGGGUCAACGUCCUGGGCUCCCCUCCUCUCGGCCUGCCCUCUCCCUCGCUCCGGCGCGCUGCCUGCGCGAAUCUAGGUGGGCCGCCGCCGCCGAAGUUGGUCGAGGCGCCGCCGCAAUCCAACUUCCGAGCGGCCGCGAGCAGCUGCCGACUUCCGCGACCGGAUUGUUAGCGGCCGCGCUGGAUCGCCUUGCCUGCCCUCCGCGCACAUGUGCCGCCGAGACGGGCCCGGGGUUCAACGCAAGUGAUCUGCAGACAACAUGGUGCAGGGACUCGUACAAGCCAAGCCGUCCGAGCCGCCCCACGAAGGAGCGAUUGAAUUCGACGGGACCACCGUGUUGUGCCGAGUAUGUGGGGACAAGGCCAGUGGCUUCCACUAUGGCGUUCACUCCUGCGAAGGAUGCAAGGGCUUUUUCCGGAGGAGCAUCCAGCAGAAAAUUCAGUACCGACCCUGUACCAAAAAUCAACAAUGCUCAAUCCUACGUAUAAACAGGAACCGGUGCCAGUACUGCAGGCUCAAGAAAUGCAUCGCAGUCGGCAUGUCUCGUGAUGCCGUGAGGUUUGGACGAGUGCCGAAGCGUGAGAAGGCGAAGAUCCUCGCUGCUAUGCAGAAGGUGAACGCCAGCUCGCAAGAAAAGGCGUUGGCUGUGGAGUUAGAAGACGAAAUGCGGCUAUUUGAAACUGUGGUGCGUGCACACGAGGAGACCUGCGAUUUCACCAGCGACAAGGUUGCACCCCUUCUGGAGCGCGCCCGAUCCCACCCCGUCUACACCUUGUGCCCUCCACAGCUGGCAUGUCCGCUGAACCCUACUACGCAACCAGCCGAAGGCAAUGGAGCCCCGCGGCUAAUGGAGGACUUCUCCGAACGCUUCUCCCCUGCAAUCCGCGGUGUGGUGGAGUUCGCGAAGCGUAUUCCUGGCUUCAGUCUCCUGGCACAAGAUGACCAAGUGACGCUGCUCAAGGCUGGCGUGUUCGAAGUACUCCUGGUGCGGUUGGCCUGCAUGUUUGACAACCGUAGCAGCUCCAUGGUGUGUCUCAACGGCCAGGUGCUCCUUCGCGAGUCGCUGCAUUCGGCCAGCAACGCCCGGUUCCUGCUUGACUCCAUGUUCGACUUCGCCGACCGGCUCAACUCCCUGGGCCUGUCGGACGCCGAGCUGGGGCUUUUCUGCUCCGUCGUGGUCAUUGCACCCGACCGGCCCGGACUCCGAAACGUUGAUCUGGUGCAGAAAAUGCAGCGGCGCCUGAGCGAGGUGCUGCAAAAGGCCGUUGCCGCGGGCCACCCCGACCGACCGCAGCUUUGCGCCGAACUGCUCAAGAAGGUGCCCGACCUGCGCACGCUCAACACGCUGCACUCGGAGAAACUGCUGGCCUACAAGAUGGAGCCGGCGACGCCCCCGUACCUGGAGCAGUGGGGCACGUCCGAAGACUGGAGCCCGGCCAGCCCACACUCAGUGGCCUCGUCGACCAACUCGCUAGAUGGUGCCAAGAGUCCCGUGCGCUCGGGCUCGUUCUCAAGCAGCACCGACUACUCGCCGGACAGCCCAGCCAAGCCGUUCGCCAAGGUGCGCCGGCUCGACUCGCCCACGGACUCGGGCAUCGACAGCGGCAAGGAGCCCGGCUGCUGCACGCCCAGCGCGUCUGUGUGCUCGAGCCCGCGAUCGCUGGACGACAAGGCGGCCGACGAGCCGGACCGUGCCGACGAGGACAUGCCGGUGCUGAAGCGUGCGUUGCAGGCGCCGCCGCUCGUCAGCCCGCACCAGCUCAUGGAGGAGGCGUACCGGCACCACAAGAAGCUCCGUGCGGUGCGCAAGGAGGCCGCCUCGAGCUCGGCAGACCUGGCCUCGAGUCACAGCACGCUCGUGGGCCGGCUGCAGCAAGCCCCGCGCUUCCUCAACGAGCAGCAGCUAAAGCGCACCGACCUCAUUCAUAACAUCAUUAUGCGCAACGAGGGUCCGCAGGGCUUCUUCCAGGGCUGGGGCUCGCCCCCACGAUGCCCCUACAGCCCGCAGCCCAGCCCGCCGCUAGUCCCGACCCAGGACGGGCCGCAGCCGCUCAACCUAUCCAAGAAGCCCCCCACGCCGCCGCUCAAGACAGAGACGUAGGCCCCAUCCCCCCACCAGUGUACAUAGGGCGCACGGACGCAUAACUUAUCACGCGAGGACUGUACAGAAGGGUAAUAUAAGUUAUGGUGGACAUCAUCCACGAUGGCGCUGCUGCUGUUGCGGGAGCCAGUAUUAUGUGCAAUCAUUUGUUCCCUGUUGUGUGUCUGUCUCGGUGUGCUUUCAUUAUUUAUGGAGCUCGUCUUUAGCAAGGUGUUGUAAAUUAUCGAACGUAUGUAUGUGCGCGUGCAUGUGUGUGUGCAUGUCCGGUGAUGCUGUCUUUAGAGUGUUGUCGGUACUCUCCCGUUUCAUCAUUCUGUACAAAGGCUCCUUUCAAGCCAUUUCUUCAAGAAUAAAAAAAGGAACGGUACAGCCUGA